UACUAUUUCCAUUCCUAGCUCUUUUCUUCUACUCCCUCAUAUCCCCCAUGGAAACACACAAAACCAAAUCCCAAUAUCCUAACCUCAACAAAAAACUUGUCCUACAAAUAACACUUCCACUAACCCUAUUUACCUUAAUUACCCUACAAUUAGCCAAAAAUAUUUCCAUUAAAACAACUUCAAACCCAAUAAUUUCAAAUUUAUACAUACAUAAUCAACAUAAUUAUAAUUAUGAAGAUCCAUUUAUUACAAGUUCAAGUAGUUCAAAAUGUGAUCUUUUCAAUGGUGAAUGGAUCCCAAAUAUGGAUGCUCCAUAUUACACAAAUGAGACUUGUUGGGUGAUCCAAGAACACCAAAAUUGUAUGAAGUAUGGAAGACCCGAUACUGAAUUUAUGAAGUGGAAAUGGAAACCCGAUGGAUGUGAAUUACCCGUUUUUGACCCGUUUAAGUUUUUGGAGAUUGUUAAGGAUAAGACUUUGGCUUUUGUUGGUGAUUCUGUUGCUAGGAAUCAUAUGCAAUCCUUGAUUUGCCUUUUGUCUCGGGUGGAACACCCUUCUGAUAUAUCCAACACAACAGAUGAUAAUUUCAAGCGUUGGUACUUCCAAUCUUACAACUUCACACUAGUCAUAUUUUGGAGUCCAUAUCUUGUAAAAACAAUAGACAAUGACCCAAAUGGAAGAACUGGGAAGACUUUUUGGGGUCUUCAUCUAGACCAACCUAAUCAAGUUUGGAUCAAUGAAAUUGACAACUUUCAGUAUGUGAUCAUAUCUGCCGGACAAUGGUUCUUCCGACCUCUUAUAUACUACCAAAAUAACCGGUUCAUGGGUUGUCGAUAUUGCGAGAUCGACAACCUUACUGAAUACUCUCUGACAUUUGGGUACCGGAAUGCGUUUAGGACCGUCUUUCGGGCCCUUUUGGAAAGACAAAAUUUCAAGGGGAAAGUGUACUUAAGGACAUUUGUUCCUGCUCAUUUUGAAGGGGGUGAGUGGGACAGUGGUGGGGAUUGUUUGAAGAACAGGCCCUACAAGAGUAAUGAGGUUCAUUUGGAAGGGGAAACUUUGAAUUUGUAUGCAGCCCAAAUGGAGGAGUUUAAGGAGGCCCAAGCAUUGGCCCGACAACGCGGGCUUAGUUUUCAAGUUCUUGAUAUGACCCAGAUUAUGUUGAUGAGGCCCGACGGGCACCCGAGUACUUACGGGCGUCCGGCCAAUCUAACUUGGCCAAGUGAUUGUGUCCAUUGGUGCUUACCUGGGCCUAUUGAUGCUUGGAGUGAUUUUUUGCUUGAGAUGAUGAACUGAAUGGAACAGGCUUUAGACAAAAUGACUAAUCUGCUUUUUUAGUCCAAAAGUUUUGGUAAUUGUUAAAAACCAGUUUUUCAGUGACUAAUUUAUUGUAUUCAAAUUCAAACAAAUACUAUUAGUAUUUUAAAUACACAAAUUCUCGUGUGAGACGGUCCCACCAUGAGACGUUCCUCAUACAUAGAUUGAAUAGCAC